AUGGAUAUACUUGCCCCAGUGUCGAUAAGACAGUUCACAGGUUUAUUAUUGACUGAUACCCUAGUAAUUGCUGUAUUUGGAGAGGUAGCGUUAAUAUUUAAUUUAUUUUUGGCCGAGGCCGCAUUUUCACUUGAGGUGGAUAGAACAUUUAUUUCUAUUGGAGGUAUUUGUGAUACUUGAGGAAUCCAGUUGCUUUGCUUAAGUACACUCCUUUUCCUUUGUUUUAUCAUGGACAUUCUUUUUAGUGGUACCGAUUUUACUUUCUUAGGUGUCCUUACUACACUUUCUUGCCUUGUUAUUCUUCCUUUAAAUGGCUGUGCAAUUUCUAAUA